CAAUCGGUAAGAAAAUGGUUUUAUAAAUAAUUCCGUGUUGCUAACUUCCUACUGCGUACUAAUAACAAUGUUUCCCGCCAUUUACCAUUAGGUAUCAACAACUAUCAAGUGCUUUGUUAGAAACUUAGGAAAUAGUAAUAGGCAAUAGCCGUAUGGCGUAUGCUGAAUGGUUUUCUUUCACGUUAUACUCUUCUUUCAUAUUUUUGCUAAUGUCUACAGUCUAUAGUCCUACACUCUAUAAUACUACUAGGUACAUUACUACCAUACUAUUAUAUUAAAUUUCAGUGUGUCAUUGUUGUGCUCAAUUUUUAUUUUAACUAUUUAUUUUUUAAAUUGAUUUCACAUUUUAAUAUUUUUCUACGAAGUAAAUUGUAACGUUUUUUAAAAAAUUUUCGUGGUGUUAUUAUAUUCAACAAUUAUUGUUAAAACUUAAUUAAAUAAAUAUGGAAGGGUUUGAUACACCUGGUAUAUUUUUCUCUGACACAUUCGGUGACGACGAUAAUUUGGCGUCUUCAUUGGCGAACAUAAGAACAAUAAAAAAGUCGUUCAAAGAAUUCUUAAAAACAUAUAAUGAAGAAAAUUUUAACUACAAGUAUAGAGAUACAUUAAAACGAAAUUGUAACUUGGGUCAAUUUUGUUUGGAAAUAAAUGUUGAGGACUUAGCUGGAUUUGAUGAAAAUCUUGCCGAUAAGUUAUACAAACAGCCAGUGGAACAUUUGCCAGCAUUUGAAGAAGCUGCGACCGAGUUAGCAAAAGAAUUGCUUGCUUCAGAUAACUUGGAAGAUAUUGAGCGUGUUCAAAUAUUACUGUCAACAAAUUCAUUGGCUUCUUAUUUGCGUUCUAUUAAAUCUGAGUCCGUUUCUCGGCUGGUCAAAAUUCCUGGUAUUAUAGUAUCAGCAUCAAGUAUUCGAGCUAAGGCUACACAGAUAACAUUGCAAUGUCGAUCUUGUCGUAAUGUAGUACCACAUUUACCUGUGAAACCUGGUAUGGAUGGUUAUAUUUUGCCAAGAAAAUGUACCACUGAACAAGCUGGCCGUCCACAAUGCCCUUUGGAUCCAUAUUUUAUUAUACCUGACAAAUGCAAGUGCGUUGAUUCUCAAAUUUUAAAAUUACAAGAAUUGAGUGACUCUACACCUCAAGGAGAAAUGCCACGACAUGUACAGUUAUAUUGUGAUCGCUACUUGUGUGAACGUGUAGUUCCAGGAAACCGUGUUAUGGUGGUUGGUGUUUAUUCUAUAAAAAAGGUCAAGACUGCUAAAAAACAAAAUGUUACUGACAAUUCUCGUACUGUGGUUGGUGUGCGUGCUCCAUAUUUAAGAGUUUUAGGUUUCCAAUUGGAUGAUAAUGUUGGAGGUUCUACUUUUUUAUUACCCACUUCUGUUGAAGAAGAAGAACUAUUCAGAAAAUUGUCAUCAUCUCCAGAUAUUUAUGACCGUAUUGCCAAGUCUAUAGCACCAUCUAUUUUUGGGUUUAGUGAUAUAAAAAAAGCAAUAGCUUGUCUUCUGUUUGGAGGUUCUCGAAAAAGACUUCCAGAUGGGUUAACUCGUCGUGGAGACAUAAAUUUAUUGCUCUUAGGAGAUCCCGGUACAGCAAAAUCACAACUUUUAAAGUUUGUACAACAAGUUUCUCCUAUUGGUGUAUACACAUCUGGUAAAGGUUCUUCAGCUGCUGGACUCACAGCUUCCGUAACUCGUGAUCCAACAUCUCAUAAUUUUGUUGUGGAAGGUGGAGCAAUGGUUUUGGCUGAUAGUGGUGUAGUUUGUAUUGAUGAAUUUGACAAGAUGAGAGAAGGUGAUAGAGUGGCAAUUCAUGAAGCUAUGGAGCAGCAAACCAUAUCAAUAGCUAAGGCAGGCAUUACAACUACUCUUAACAGUCGUUGUUCAGUAAUGGCUGCUGCAAAUUCGGUGUUUGGUCGAUGGGAUGACAGUAAGGGCGAAGAUAAUAUUGAUUUCAUGCCUACAAUUUUAUCUAGGUUUGAUAUGAUAUUUAUUAUUAAAGAUGAACAUGAUCAAAACAGAGAUAUGACAUUGGCUAAGCAUAUCAUGAAUGUACAUUUAAUGAAUGGUCAAGCGAAGCAAGAAGUUGAAGGAGAAUUACCAUUGGCAACAAUCAAAAAGUUGAUAAAUUACAUUCGCCGACGUUGUGGACCUCGAUUAUCUGAAGAAGCUGGUGAGAAGCUUAAAAGUCGUUAUGUAAUUAUGAGAACUGGGUGUCAUGAAUUGGAGUCUGAGAAAAAACUUGCCAUUCCUAUUACUGUCAGACAGCUAGAAGCUAUAAUUCGUAUUGCAGAAUCAUUAGCUAAAAUGCAGUUGCAACCAUUCGCUACUGAUAGUCAUGUAGAUGAAGCUUUAAGAUUGUUUCAAGUAUCUACUUUGAGUGCAGCUACAUCAGGCUGUUUAUCUGGUGUAGAAGGUUUUUCAACUGAAGAAGAUACAGAAACACUACAGAGAAUUGAGAAGCAGUUGAAACGUCGAUUCCCAAUUGGAUCUCAAGUGUCUGAAUUCAGUAUUAUUCAAGAUUUUUUGAGACAAAAAUAUCCACAAAGAGCCAUAGAUAAAGUUAUAUACUUGAUGAUCAGGAGAGGUGAAAUACAACACAUUAUGCAACGUAAAAUGUUAAUUAGAUUAAAAUAAUAAUUAACAUGAAAAAUUAUAAAUAUUUCCAUUCAAAUGUAAUGUACCUACCAAUUAAAAAUGAAUUUCAUAUUGUGUUUAAAUUUAUAAAGAUAAUAAUAAAUAAUCUGUAUCUUUUUUGGUUGAUCUUAGUAGUUUAUUUCAAUAUUAAUAAUAUAAUUAAAAUGUAAUAUAAUUAGUUUUUGAAUUACAAACUAAGUACCUGGUGUAAAUGAUGUAAAUGAUCAGGGCCUUAUUUAGAGGAGGGUAGGAUUGUUCUAAAAUGUUUUUUAUUAUUAUUUAAUUAUCAUUUUAUAACUCCAUUGACUACAAUUAAUAUUAUAUUUUUAUAUUUUGUAA